GAUGUCGUUCAUCCAGAUGAUAAGAAAACACCCCUCCCGUUCUCAUAUAAGGUGAACGGACAACUACAACCUGGAUCUGUUAUUCACAUACACGGCAAAAUAGCAAAUCCGGCAAUCAGAGUGGAAUUCCAUUUUCUCGAAGGCUUCACAGGUGCUUCUGCCGGUCAGACUAUUUUCCAUGUUAGCAUGCGUUUCGAUGAUCCUGCUAUUGUCAUGAAUUCAAGAAUUUGCUGUGAUACUUUACCUCACACGCGAAACUUCCCAUCCGGUUGCCUACAGUAUAACCAGCACGUCAUCAUUUACGGAAUAGCGACCGGUGAUAGCUGGACGGUUGAGCUGACCGGAAGCGGUGGCAACGCCCUGUUUCAACUUAUUGCAAAAUAUAAAGAGAAAGUCUUUACUCGUAAUGCGAAUAUUGGUGGAAAUUGGGGUCAGGAGGACGUGCUGGACAAUUUCCUUAUCAACGAGAUCGUGGCUUUGAUCUUUCAAUUGCGAACUUGCCCAGUGGUCUCCAGGUUCUCUGCAAUAACGCUCGCUUCACCGUGUUCCCCCAUCGUACCGGAGCACCGAUUAGUGACUAUACUGGACUGA